CCUCGCUCCUCCGGAUCAUGGCCGCUCACUCCACCGACGAACCCUUCCCCUUCCACGGGCUGCUGCCCAAGAAAGAGACCGGCGCCGCGUCGUACCUCACCCGGUUCCCCGAGCACGAUGGCCGAGGGGUGCUCGUCGCCAUCCUCGACACCGGCGUGGACCCCGGGGCCCCCGGCAUGCAGGUCACGACAGAGGGGAAGCCAAAGAUCAUUGAUAUCAUUGAUACGACCGGCAGCGGGGACGUGAACAUGGCCACGGUGGCAGAACCUAAAGACGGGACAAUCGCUGGCCUUUCUGGCCGAAUACUUACGAUUCCUCCUGCCUGGGUCAAUCCUUCAGGGAACUAUCGCAUUGGAGUUAAAAAUGGCUAUGAAUUCUUCCCUAAGGCUCUUAAAGAAAGAAUACAGAAAGAGCGUAAGGAGAAGAUAUGGGACCCACCACACAGAGCGGCGCUUGCUGAGGCCUCCCGAAAGACAGAAGAGUUUGACCUUUCCCACCCGACGCCCUCACAGAUAGAGAAGUUGCAGAAAGAAGAGUUGCAGAGUCAGUCUGAGCUGCUGGCAUCUCUAGAAAAGAAGUACAGUGAUCCUGGUCCUGUAUAUGACUGUGUGCUUUGGCAUGAUGGAGUCACAUGGAGGGCUGUCGUGGACACUUCAGAAUGUGGAGAGCUGUCCCAGUGCACUGUGCUGUGCUCCUACAGAGAGACUCAAGAAUACGCCACAUUAGGAAAUGCUGAGAUGCUUAACUACUCUAUUAAUAUUUAUGAUGAGGGAAAUACACUCUGCAUUGUCACCAGUGGAGGGGCUCAUGGGACCCACGUGGGAAGCAUCGCAGCAGGUUACUUCCCAGAUGAACCAGAGCGCAAUGGUGUGGCCCCAGGUGCCCAGAUCCUGGCUUUGAAGAUUGGAGACACCCGCCUUAGCACCAUGGAAACAGGCACAGGACUCAUCCGUGCAAUGAUUGAAGUAAUCAACUACAAGUGCGACCUGGUAAACUACAGCUAUGGAGAAGCCACUCAUUGGCCCAAUUCAGGGAGGAUUUGUGAGGUGAUCACAGAGGCUGUCCAGAAGCACAAUGUGAUAUUUGUCUCAAGUGCAGGAAACAACGGCCCGUGUCUCUCUACUGUUGGCUGCCCAGGGGGAACCACUAGCAGUGUCAUAGGAGUUGGAGCGUAUGUGACUCCAGAUAUGAUGGUGGCAGAAUAUUCUCUGAGGGAGAAACUCCCAGCUAACCAGUACACCUGGUCGUCCAGGGGCCCCAGUACAGACGGGGCCCUGGGGGUCAGCAUCAGUGCCCCUGGUGGUGCCAUUGCGUCUGUACCCAACUGGACUCUUCGUGGUACCCAGCUGAUGAACGGGACAUCCAUGUCAUCGCCUAAUGCCUGUGGAGGCAUUGCACUGAUCCUCUCGGGUCUGAAGCAGAACGGGAUCCAUCCCUCUGCUCCUGCCGUCAGGAGAGCGCUGGAAAACACAGCUCUGAAGGUUGAUGACAUUGAGGUUUUCGCACAGGGCCAUGGAAUAAUCCAGGUGGACAAGGCAUUAGACUACCUCACUCAACAUGCCUCUUUACCCACAAGCCACCUUGGCUUCUCAAUAAGCGUGGGAACACAGAGAGGUAUCUACCUCAGGGACCCAGGCCAAAUUCUUGCCCCUUCAGAUCAUGGAGUAGGAAUUGAACCCAUCUUCCCAGAGAACACAGAAAACUCUGAGCGAAUCUCCUUGCAGCUGCACUUGGCGCUCACAUGUGCUGCCCCUUGGGUCCAGUGUCCCUCACAUCUAGAGCUGAUGAACCAGUGUCGUCACGUCAAUGUCCGCGUAGAUCCUAUCGGACUGAGAGAGGGAGUGCACUACACAGAGGUGUGUGGGUACGAUACAGCAGCACCAAGCUGCGGCCCACUGUUCAGAGUUCCCAUCACGGUUAUUAUCCCUGCCAAAGUGACGGAUAAUCGUAAUCAGGAGGUGGCUUUCACGGACGUUCACUUUAGACCCGGUCAGAUCAGACGCCACUUCAUCACCGUUCCUCAGGGAGCCUCCUGGGCAGAGAUUACACUGACUUCUCAUUCAGGAGAUGUGUCGUCAAAGUUUGUUCUCCAUGCCGUGCACCUGGUCAAACAGAAGGCGUACAGAGCUAAUGAAUUCUACAAGUUCUCUUCACUAUUGGAAAAAGGCUCUUUAACAGAGGCUUUUCCUGUGCUGUCAGGUCGGAUCGUAGAGUUUUGCAUUGCUCGCUGGUGGGCGAGCCUGGGUGACGUCACAGUGGACUACAGCAUCUCGUUCCAUGGACUCAGCACAUCUCCUUCUCCCUUGCACAUACUUGCAUCAGAGGGAGUGACGAGUUUUGAAGUGUCAUCGCCUCUGAGGUACGAGGAGGUUUCGCCCGCUAUUACCCUCAAGUCCUGGGUUCAGCCUCUCAGGCCUUUAAGCUCAAAGAUAAAAGCUUUGGGAAUGAGGGAUGUUCUACCCAAUAACAGACAAGUCUACGAGAUAGUCCUCACCUACAGUUUUCACCAGCCGAAGAGUGGAGAGGUUACCCCGAGCUGUCCCACGCUGUGUGAGCUGCUGUACGAGUCUGAGUUUGACAGUCAGCUCUGGAUGCUGUUCGAUCAGAACAAGAGACUACUGGGCUCAGGAGACGCCUACCCACACCAGUAUUCCCUGAAGCUGGAAAAGGGGGACUACACCGUGCGCCUGCAAGUCCGCCACGAGCAGUCCAGUGAGCUGGAGCGACUGAAGGACCUGCCAUUUGUGGUGUCUCACCGUCUGUCCACAACCCUCAGUCUGGAUGUGUACGAGUCGCAUCGAGCCGCCCUCAUGGCCAAGAAGAAGGCCAACUCUGUCACCCUGUGCCCGGGUGCCACUCAGCCUUUCUACGUCACGGCCUUGCCAGACGACAAGAUCCCCAAAGGGACGUGUCCAGGUUGCUAUCUCUCAGGCUCCCUCGUUGUCUCCAAGAGCGAGUAUGGCAAGAAAGCAGGGCAGGCCUCUGCAAAGCGACAAGGAAAGUUUAAAAAGGACAUCGUACCAGUCGUUUACCAUCUAAUUCCUGCUCCCAACAAAACCAAGAAUGGAGGGAAGGAGAAGGACAAGGAAGCUGACAAAGAGAAAGAUGUGAAAGAGGAAUUUGCAGAAGCCAUGCGGGACUUGAAGAUUCAGUGGAUGACCAAGUUGGACUCCAGCUCCAUCUAUGAAGAACUGAUGGAAAACCACCUGGAUUACCUUCCACUGCAUGUGCAAAGACUGCACCAGCUGGACUCCGAGAAGGAGCGUGUCAAACGUCUCAGGGAGGUGGUGACAGCUGCCGACAUCGUCAUCUCCCACAUUGACCAGACAGCCCUGGCUGUUUACCUGACGUUGAAGACAGACCCUCGGCCCGAUGCCGCCUCUAUCAAGACUGACAUGGAGAAGCAGAAGUCGUCUCUGCUGGACGCUCUGUGUAGGAAGGGCUGUGCGCUGGCUGACCAGCUCCUGCUGCCCCCCGCGCUGCAGGAAGGUGCCAGUGCCCUCUCCACGGAACAAAUAACAACAACAACAAUAACAACAGUUGCAGCAGCAGUAGUAGUAGAGGAGGAGGAAGAGGAGGAUGGGUUGCAGGUGGCGAGCAGUUCUGAUGACGCCGUGCAGAACGUGGCUAAAGUUCUGACAGAUACGUUUUGGGAGGUGCAGAAGUGGGCAGAGCUAACUGACUCCAAGGUGUUGAUGUUUUCAUACAAACAUGCUCUUGUGAACAAGAUGUACAGCCGGGCCUUAAAAUAUGCUUCAAAGAUGGUGGAGGAGAAGCCCAGCAAAGAGAACAUGAAGAACUGCAUCCAGCUAAUGCGACAUCUACGAUGGACACACUGCGCCACCUACAGUGAGAACUGGCUUCCUGUCAUGUACCCAACUGACUACACGCCUUACUAGGCGCACACACACACUCACACACACACACACACACACUCACAAAUGCAUGAACAACACGGCCACUCACGGUCCAUUACAAGGGUAGUUUGAUAAUGUGUCCCUCAGGGUCACAUGGUCUAUGCAUCUGACCAACCAGCUGUCUCCUGAGAGUUUCUUUAUUUUAGAUUGAGAUGUAGGUGAGCACCAAAAUGAAGGACAACGCUGUGUGUAAGCAGUUGAUACACUCGACACCUUAUGGGAGGGUGGAGUCAUGUAUUGUUGAACAUCACAGCUGUGCUGAGCCACGUAGCGAUACCACCUCGGCUGUUUGAAUAUCAUCAACAGAGAGAACUUUGUGAUACUGUAGUUCAGUGAUAUCUUGAUAUUGUCUUUGAUUUUGGUGUUAUCUACACAUGUGGAGGCUUUCAAUCCACC